AUGGCCAAGAUUCAACUCGAGAAGAGCAAGUACGAGCGAAUUUCACGCUCUAAGAUCGAGAGCACGGUUCGCGGCACGUUGUCGAUAGUCAUCAGUAUGGUCAUCCAGCAGAGCAUGCCGCUCUUCAAUUUUUGUCUUGAAGACAACAGGGCGUGGGGGAUGUUGCAUCAUAGUUGGGUUGGCAGUGCCUGCGCAAAGAUCGUACAGUGGUUUGUUCACUGUCAGAAUCUGACCCAUUGCGGGUUGCAAUGCUGGGGGACAACAUGA